AUGACUGGUCUGAUUGGUUUGAAGGUGAGUUUUUUGGCACAGAACUACGUGACAGUGCGUCAGAUGACCACGCACAUGCGACCAACGAGUGCAACCGUAUGGUCGAAUCAGCUGGAAACAUCUGCGUUCUUCGCACAACCACCCGGUUUAGUGCCAACCACCACUUUCCCACCUCCUCCACCACCAUACAGUCAAAUUAAUCAGUCACCAUCAGCCACAUCACCGAACCCGAAUCAACGAACUUCACCCGCAGCGGUUGCCUCAGCACCACCAGACUAUGAGCUGAUCAUACGUGUUGAUCAGCCGAAUAGACUUAACGAUUCUGUUUUGCCACAUUGA